AUGAUGACUAAGAAGAGACAAAGAAGGAGUUACAGUUGUGGUCCAUGUAAGAUGUUAAAGAUUAAAUGUGAUUUACAAAUGCCAUGCUCAAGUUGUCAAAAAUUUAAGAGAGAGGAUAAAUGUCGAUUAAAUCCCCCUAAUCCACCAAAUAAAGAUGAGUUAAAAUUAAUUCAAGAAAGACGUGAAAGGAUCAAUAAAAGGAAAACUGAUGUAUCUGAAGUUAAUAGUGAACCAGUUUUAUCUUAUACUUUGAUGCAUAUGAAACCUUUACAGAGUCAUCAAACACCAGGUCAAAUGCUGAAUCAAUUACCAAGUCAUCAAUUACAAAAUCCACCCAUGAUGGUUGGUGGUGGACAAUUCACUCAAAUACCACUUCCUUUACCAAACCAAUUACCUCCUUUAGGUGGGCAAUAUGGUCAUCAAGGUCAAUACACUAAUCAAUUACCUCCGAUUCAUCAGUCGCUCCAAAUGACCAAUCCUCCAAAUAUUUAUCAAUAUUUACCCGUAAGUGUCAGUACUCCGUUGAUUGGAGGUGAUGAAAAGGAUAAACAGGCAAUCAUUGACUUCUUUGCUGGUCAUAAUAUGGAAUUUUCUUUCAAAGAAGAUUCUUUUAAUCCGUUCAAAGUUCAUAUCUUAGAAAACGGGAAAUCUGUUUUCCAUGAUGAUAUUGAAGCUGAGAAGACUUCAAUGAUUAAAUUGACCAAAGAAGAAGUUCGUAAAUUUCGUGAAAUUUUCCCUUCUAAUGGUCAUUUCUUAAAACUUCUCUUGAGUUACUUUUCAUGCUUUUACACUGAUUUACUUGAAUUGAUCGAUAUACCUUUGAUCAUAAGAUGGUCAAUCAAAUUAAGUAAUGACAUUGCUAAUUCCAACGAGGAAGAGAUUUAUAUUGAAUUGUUUGGUUUUAGAUGUUUAUCUUUAGCGUUGAUUAUUUCAGCUCUUGGUUUAUUGGCUAAUCCUAAGUUAUGUUACAGUGGUGAGUCCUCUCAUGAAAAGCUUGCUAGGGAAUGUAUAGCUUUCAGUAAGGAAUUACGUGAUAGGUGUAAAAACAUUGAUAGUUUUUUGGGUAUUACAUGUAUGCUUGUUUGGUAUUUAACAGCAGAAAAUUAUUAUGAAUAUUCUAAUAACUGUGAAGAGAAUCAUUUCGAGUACAAUAAUUUACUUUCCAACUUAUUAUUCAAUAAAACUUACAUGGGUGUAUUGUCGAAUAAGCAAAUUUGCUCUACAAAGAUGUCAGAUGCUGAUAGUUUCAAAAUCAAAUUAAUCUUAAGAUAUUGGAUGAGAAUUCGAACCAUUGAAUUGGACAUCUUAUAUUUCCAAUAUAAGUCAUCGUUAUUACAACUGAAUCUUCAAUAUAAAAAUGCCAUCAUACCAUCAGCUGAUAUUUUAAGUUUCGUUUAUGAUAAUGAUUUGACGGGGAUAAGAAAUGAAUGUCAGAGAUAUACUUUGGUUUUGUCGGGAGCUUAUUUCAAGCAAUUCAAUGCUAAUGUAGGUAAUGAUUUCAAAACUGUAGUUAAGACUUAUUUAUCGGUUUAUGACGAAUUCUAUAAGAAAUCGGGAGAUGAGUUUGUUAAAGCUGAAUCAAAUUUCAAUAGUUGCACUAAAGAAAAUGUAGUAUCAUUUUUGAAAAAUACUAUUGUUAAUACUAUUUUUGUGAAAUGGUUAAGUUUCAUAAAAAUUGAACUGAAUUAUUUCCCUUCUUUGAGGUACACUUCCUAUAUUACCACGAUUAUAAGUUUACAUAAUCAUUACAUGAGAUUGGAUAAUAUAUUAGCAAAAGAUGGAGGUAAUCUAUUGAAUUCGGUGCUCAAUGAAUCCAAUGUUUAUCAUCUUAGAUUCAUUGUGCACAGUACCGUAGUAGCACAAGUAUUUUUGAUUUGUUUCAAAUUGAAAUAUGAUUUGAAUGAUGAUAAGAAAUAUGUGCUUGAUUUAAAACAGUUGUUCAAUAUAAUGAAUGGAAAUUUCAGUAGGUUUUUCACCAAAUUUAUCAAAGAUUUUAAGAAUUCAAGGUUAGUACAUCUUACUAGUUUCAACCAAUCAAUAGAAAUGCUUAUCAAGUUGAACAAUUUUUUCAAUAACACAGUCUACAAUAGUGAACUUAUAUUGGAUGAUUUCUGUAGGGAUUUGAAUAACAAAUUACUUGACUUAUAUAAACCAUUCAUUGAUAAUUUCUUUGGAUGUACAGAGACCAUGUUGAACUAUAUAACGAGAAUAUGGGAAUUCUUCGAAUAUAUUCAACAAUGUGAUCCUCAGACAAAGAUUCUCAUCACUGAAGAUUUAGAAAUGAAUGAUGAAUUAUUCCUCAGAUACAAAGAUAAAUUCAAUGGGUUUGAAAUCACUGACACAGUUAUCAAUGGUUACAUAGAGGCAGUUGUAGAACCAUCAUUAAGUGAAGAAGAACACGAUUUUUAA